CUAGCUUAGCUUAAUUAUAAAUACCACCCCAAUGUGCCUAUUUCUUCAACACACACUAAGAAACCACUCCAAGUUCAAAGCCUUCUCCUUCUCAUUUCCUGUUUCACAUUUUUCAAAACCUUUGUUCAUCAUGGGAGUUUUCACUUAUGAAUCCGAAAUCACCUGCUCCAUCCCUCCAGCUAGGUUUUUCAAGGCCUUUGUUCUUGAUGAAGACAACUUCGUUCCAAAGGUUGCUCCUCAAGCAGUUAAACAAGUUGAAAUUCUUGAAGGAGAUGGAGGGCCUGGAACCAUCAAGAAGAUCACUUUCCGCGAAGGGAGUAAAUUCAAGUAUGUGAAGCGCAAGGUCGAGUCGAUAGACAAGGAGAACUUAUCUCACUCCUACAGCAUAAUUGGAGGAGAUGCUUUGGAAGGCAAUCGGCUUGAGAAAAUCACAUACGAAUCCAAGUUUGUUGCAUCAGCUGAUGGAGGCUGCAUAAUUAAGACUGUUAGCAAGUACUGCACUAUUGGUGAUGCUCAGAUCAAGGAAGAUGAAGUUAAGGAAGGUAAAGAACAGGCCACUCAAAUGUUCAAGCUCUUUGAGGGUUACCUCAAGGAAAACCCUGACACUUACAACUAAAUUAUAAGGCUGUUAAUAAAGACUUUAUUAUAUGUAGUUACAUAUAUAUAUUUAUAUCAAAAUGAAGCUUUUCUAGCAGCUAUAUGAAGGUGUGGCUUUUCAUAGCUUUUUCUUCAUGUAUCCUUUCUAAACUUUCCCAGGCUUGCCAAUAAGAUUGUGAGAGUUGUGAGAUAUUCUGGUUUAUAUAUGUAAGGUUUGAAAACACAUUACAUAUUUUCCUAUAUAUAUAUAUAAGAAUAAUAUGAAAAUACUAUACUUACAAAAUGAUGGUUUGUUCAUCAUUUUUGUUAAUA